AUGAAUAAAGGAACAAAUAAUAUAGAAUUAACUCAAAUAACUCAUCCAAAAACAAAUCAAGAGCAUGAGACAACUUUGAGAGUAAAUAGUAAGAAGUCUCUAAAUUGGUCUGAGGAUAUGGAAUUAGAGUUUUUAGUAAAAGAUAACCUUAUAGACAUAACAAGUUAA